CUCUCUUCUCCUUAUAGACGACACUCCAAAAAUUUUUCAGUUCCAUUACGUCUCUACCCUUGAAGCCUCCCACUCCAUUGCAACCUUCUGUAAUCAAUGUCCGCUUCGGUUCCAGCUGCAGUAGCUGUUAACAGAGCACCGGGGAAGUUGAUUAGGUCCUUGGCCGGAGUUUCGGUUCCAAGGUCGGCAUUCUUGGGCAAAAGCAUGAAGAGGGUGACCUCCACGAUCACCUACAAGAAGAUAUCUUUUGGGAAUUUCAAGGUUAUAGCAGAGUACGAUGAGCAGAAGCAGAGCUCCAAGGAUAGAUGGGGGGCUUUAGCCUCUGACAGUUCCGACGAUCAGCAGGACAUCACUCGAGGAAAGGGAAUGGUGGACACUCUCUUCCAAGCUCCCAUGGGUUCCGGGACUCACUAUGCUGUCAUGAGCUCUUAUGAUUACAUUAGCGUUGGUCUUCGCCGAUUCAACCUUGAUAACAACAUGGAUGGGUUUUACAUCGCUCCUGCAUUCAUGGACAAGCUUGUUAUUCACAUCACCAAGAACUUCUUCAACUUGCCAAACAUUAAGGUUCCUCUCAUCUUGGGUAUCUGGGGUGGCAAAGGUCAGGGGAAAUCAUUCCAAUGCGAGCUUGUCUUUGCUAAAAUGGGAAUCAGCCCCAUCACGAUGAGUGCUGGAGAAUUAGAAAGUGGGAACGCUGGAGAGCCUGCAAAACUGAUCAGGCAAAGAUAUCGUGAAGCGGCAGAUAUCAUCAGGAAAGGGAAAAUGUGCUGCUUAUUCAUCAACGAUCUCGAUGCUGGAGCCGGUAGGCUUGGAGGAACAACACAAUACACCGUGAAUAAUCAGAUGGUGAAUGCCACCCUUAUGAACAUUGCCGAUAGCCCAACCAAUGUCCAGCUUCCUGGCAUGUACAACAAGCAGGAGAAUCCUCGUGUCCCCAUUAUUGUCACUGGAAAUGACUUCUCAACAUUGUAUGCCCCUCUCAUACGUGAUGGUCGCAUGGAAAAGUUCUACUGGGCACCAACUCGGGAUGACUGCAUUGGUGUCUGCUCAGGUAUCUUCCGGACAGACGGUGUGCCCGAGGAUGACAUAGUGAAGCUUGUCGACACUUUCCCCGGACAGUCCAUAGACUUCUUUGGUGCCCUGAGGGCAAGAGCCUAUGAUGAUAAAGUGAGGACAUGGAUAUCAAGUGUUGGGGUAGAAAAUGUUGGGAAACAGCUUGUGAACUCGAAGGAGGGACCUCCAACCUUCGAGCAACCAAAUAUGAGUCUGCAGAAGCUCCUCCGGUAUGGAAACAUGCUGGUUCAAGAGCAGGAAAAUGUAAAGAAAGUCCGACUGUCCGAAAAGUACUUGAAAGAAGCAGCUCUCGGAGAUGCAAACGAAGAUGCCAUCCGAAGUGGAAAUUUCUAUGCUUAGGUUCUUCAUUCUUCUCUUGCCUUGAUGAGAACUUUUCAUCCGUCUUUAGGAUUUAUACACAAUGGGAAAAGGAUUUUCGAGAGAGAUUGUUUAAGUUUUUAAUAAUUCUUUGGCUGCAGUCAAGAGCAGUCCAACAGUUCAAACUUCCUGUACACCAAGGUUCAAUGCGGCGAACUUUGAUCCUCCAUACA